AUGUUUACUUCUAUGAGCCACGUCCCGGUUUCAAGCAUACCGUCCUUCGAGACCAGAAAGGCGUUGAUCAUCAUCAAUCUACAAAAUGAUUCCCUCUACGUCAAGGAUGAGAUCUAUAUCACCAAGAACCAUGACUUUGUGCCCCGCCUCAAGGAGAUGAUCCCCUAUUUCCGCAAGAACGGGGAUAUUGUCUGGGUCAAUACACAUAUGGGGGUAACUGCCUCACCCCCACCGACUGACUCUGCUCGCGUCGAAGAAGAGUCUAACGAAGUGGCGGAAAAGAACAGACAAGCUCAGAACUUGAAGGAGCAACAGAUCGAGUUUGACGCCAAACGAGAGGAGGCUGCUAGGAGAGCGAGACUUGAGAAGAUCGAUCCCAAAGGAGGCUCUGACUAUCCUAGCUUCUAUCCGUCAAGCAAAACGAAGGACAUCAUGGCGCAAGCCUCUGCAGAGACUAGAGCGGAGAAACGGUCAGCCGAUCUGCAGGUGUUCAAAAACGACAAAGGCGACUCUAUCGAGAAGCAUUUGAGUAAACCCAGGAAAGGCCAGCAGGCGAGGUUCUACAUUGCUGGGACCAGAGGCGCCGAGAUUUGUGACGAGCUGGUGGAUGUGGUGGACGAAGAACUAGACCUGAUUGUGACCAAGCAUCACUAUUCGGCUUUCGACCAGACGUCACUUCUUACAGCUUUGAGGACUAAGCUGGUCACCGAGGUCUACCUUUGUGGCAUCUUGACGAAUGUGGGAGUGUACUCUACUGCAGCAGACGCAGUACAGCAUGGACUACAGGUAACUGUCGUUGAAGACUGCCUUGGGUAUCGAAGUGAAGACAAGCACGAGGAAGCGUUGCGUCAAAUGGCAGACAUCAUGGGUGUUAAUGGUAUUGAUAGUGAAGAGAUCAUCGAGGAGUCUGGAGGUCGUCCAGUGCCCGACGCGGAAACACCUGGUAUCACUCUCGAGGAGCUUUCACUAAAUUCCGAUCAAGAGGCAGCAGAAGGUGGGUCUAUGAUGGAAGGUAUGGUUUUCAGCAAUCCAGGACCUGCUACCGCUGAAGUUGGCGGUGCGACCAAGGUUGGCGGACGCUCACAAUUGCCGCCAGUCGACGUUUUUGAUCCCAGUUGGCAAGCAUCACUAUCUACUGUAGACAAAACAGCACCGCGAGUCGAGAAGGCGCUGAAAGAGAAAGAGGUCUCGCCAAUAGCCAGAUCGGGGCCUUCUGCUUCGAGGGAUCGAAAUUCUUGGCAAUCCAGAUCGGUUACACUAGGACCGAAUGACAGUAUCGGGUCUGGCGACUCGAAAAUCAUCCACAAUGUCAUUGGCUCUCCAAUCAUCAAUAACGCAUUCAGCCAAAUCAAGGAAGAGGUUGACUGGCAGACCAUGUUUCACCGCAGUGGGCAAGUGCCAAGGCUUGUAGCAGUGCAAGGAGAGAUUGGGAAAAAUGGUGACAUACCAAUCUACCGACAUCCUGCGGAUGAGUCGCCGCCGCUCUUACCAUUCACUCCCACGGUUCAAAAGAUUCGGCAACAAGUCGUGUCAGCGUUGAAGCAGUCAUUCAACCACGCCCUGAUCCAGCUAUACCGUGACGGACAGGACAACAUCUCCGAGCACUCUGACAAGACUCUGGAUAUUGCUCGCGGUACUAGUAUUGUCAAUGUGAGCAUCGGUGCCCAACGUGUCAUGAUUCUACGUACGAAGAAGUCCGAACACGGUACAGAAAGUCCCAGCAUGAGGCAGACACAGCGUAUCAAGAUGCCACAUAACUCUGUCUUCGUAUUAGGACCUCAAAGCAACAAGGAGUGGUUGCAUGGAGUUCGAGCUGACAAACGACCUGCUUCAGAGAAGACGGAUGAGGAGAAAGCCUUUGAAGGUGAGCGCAUCUCGAUCACCUUCAGGCAGAUCGGUACUUUUAUGAACAAGAAAGAAAAGACGAUCUGGGGCUCUGGAGCAAAGAGCAAGUCGAGGCAGAAAGCUAGUGGGAUCUCCACCAGGGACAACGCUCAGAUGGAAGCCAUGAUCAAAGCCUUCGGCAAAGAAAACCACGACACAGAUUUCGACUGGGAGGCUGAGUACGGAAGUGGUUUCAAUGUCGUCAAUCUGGUGAACGAACAAGCGCAGCUCUUUCUCUGCAACGACUCGGUCGCCAAUCUUCGCGUGCAGCUUUCGUUGUGCGAGAAAUCGAUCUCCUGUGCAGCCACCCAACAGGACAAACCCCCCUCGCCUGAACCUGAGGACUUCCAGACCAGAUUCCAUCCUUGGAUGCAUGGUCUAUCCAACAGCGAGAAUCCUGUUUUCAAGGACAUCCAUGAAAAUGCUACCGCUAUAGAGGGCGACCUUACUAUCAUGUUCUAUCUGGAGAAGCAUUAUCCUUUCCCAGGUACAGAGGCGCCUGUGGCGCAAUCUGAUCAAGCCACUGCCCUCAUCUAUAGCCAGACUGCAAAGGCCAACGAACUUCUAUUUCUCUCGCGUGAGAUGCGAGAGUUGCAGGGACCCAACUCACCACCGACGCACCGCUUCAACUUGGAGAGGCCAAUGACGCCGAACACGUCGUUGUUCGAAGAGUUCCACAGCAGCCUUUGGACCUGGGAAACUCUUGCAGGAGCCGCGGAAUACAUUACCGGAGACCACUGGACGAUCAUCGACUGCGCCUUCUGGCCAGUGUUGAGCCAUAUCGUUGGGGAGUUUGAAGAGUUGAAUCAGGAGAGGUAUCCGAACCUGCUGGCAUACCACCAACGAGUGAUGGGGAGGGGAUGCGUCAAAACAGUUCUCGGCACUGGGAAAUGA